AAGGUGUUUUACCUCCCAGAUACCAUGGCAAACUGGCCGUGGCCUCGCGCAAUCAAUCCUCAUUAUGAAGCUGUGAAAAUUGAAACUGAUGCUUGGUUUUGCAGUUUCAAAUCUGUGGAUUCUGAGUCAUUGAAAGCAUUCGACAAGUGUAACACAGAACAUCUGCGAGUUGGCUGUGACGUAAUGGAUAUGCAGCUGAUUAUAGACGAGGUCACUGAUAGACGCACUGGGUCAGGCGCCAAAGAAAUAGUGGAUAUCGUCCUCGAUGCCUUACACAAUCCUCAUAAGAUCAGACCAGAAGGUGAACACAUCAUUGGAGAAAUGAUGCGACAAUGUUCGGCUCGUGCGAUGCAGACCAUGAGCAUGACUUGUCAUCCCCGCUUCAUUGAUAAAUUUACGAUAUACCUUCGUGCAGUAGCUGUCGAGGCUAUCGACCGAGAACAAAAACAUUGUCUCAGUAUCGAUGACAACUUUUUCAAGUACCGACGGGAAUCAUCUGGCAUAUUACCUUGGCUUGCACUAUGUGCAAUGGAGAUCGAUCUUCCUGAUGAAGUAUUCUACCAUCCUGCUAUCGUGGAUAUGUUUGAAUGCACUGCAGAUUUGGUUACAGUUGAAAAUGAUAUGCUGUCAUACAAUAGAGAACAAGCGAGCGGGACCCACUACAAUUCACUGAUAACUGUUGUCAUGCUAGAACUUGGCCUCAACAUAGGCAGUGCGAUGGGUUGGGCGUCCGCCUAUCACACUAAACUCAAGGAAAGAUUUAUCAACGGUCUUGCGAAAAUCCCUUCAUGGGGUCCUUCCACCGAUAUCCUAGUCAAGAAGUACCUUGAUGGACUAGGAAACUGGGUGCGAGCAAGUUAUUGUUGGAGUUUCGACAUUGAAAGGUACUUGGGCCCAAUGACUGCGGAGAUACAGCAAAGUAGGCUUGUCCCAUUAUUGCCAAAGGUC